AUGGACUCGCUCACGACUCACCCGAAGACUGCCGAACAGGCUCGUGCCUUCACCUCGCCCUCGUCACUGUCCUUCCCUGGUGGUGCUGGUACUGGCGAACUUACCCCUCCCUCCUCUGAGAAAGAGAUUCAGGGUGCAAACGGUAUGAACGGCCACGGAGGAAAUGCCAUGAACGGCAACGGGGUGACCCCCGCUACUCCGGCAACUCCGGUUGCGACACCUGGGGCGACCACGGGAAGCAGUGGCAUUGUGCCUACUUUGCAAAACAUCGUGGCUACCGUCAACCUUGACUGCCGCCUGGAUCUGAAGACCAUCGCGCUUCACGCUCGCAACGCUGAGUACAAUCCUAAGCGUUUUGCCGCCGUCAUCAUGCGUAUCCGUGAACCCAAAACAACCGCCCUUAUCUUCGCCUCGGGAAAGAUGGUUGUCACCGGUGCCAAGUCCGAAGAUGACUCGAAGCUGGCCUCGCGCAAGUACGCGCGUAUCAUCCAGAAGCUCGGUUUCAACGCCAAGUUCACAGAUUUCAAGAUCCAGAACAUCGUCGGUUCUUGCGACAUCAAGUUCCCCAUCCGCUUGGAGGGUCUGGCAUCUCGCCAUCACAAUUUCUCUUCCUACGAGCCCGAACUCUUCCCUGGUCUGAUCUACCGCAUGAUGAAGCCCAAGAUUGUGCUCUUGAUCUUCGUCAGUGGUAAAAUUGUCUUGACCGGCGCAAAAGUGCGUGAAGAGAUUUACCAGGCUUUCGAGAUGAUCUAUCCUGUGCUCUCUGACUUCCGCAAGAUGUGA